AUGCUCAACGUAAAUGCAAAGGCGUUUGUUCCCCAGUCUAUUGGCGAGCGUCCAGUUAUCAAUACAAAUUCGAUAUAUAGGUACCACCUAGUGUUACCAAGAGAGAGAAUAUGUGAUGUUUCAGAAUCUUCAUCAGGUUCAAAUGGUAUCAUGACACUUCUAGCAAGAAGAUGGUUAUGUGCUUGUCCUCAAGGAGGACCAGGUGAAGAACCUCUUCAAAUGUUUAUCACAGCUUUUUUUGAUUCUGUAGAAAAUGUUUCACAUCCAGUUAACGGAACUAAUAUUUUUACUGGUAUUCUUCUCUCACGAAGUAUUCUUUCUCUUUCUGGAGUUGUUUCUACUAUAAAUGAUAUUAAUAACGCUUCUGGUUUUCUUAUUCGAAUUGAUAUACCAAGAGAAUAUAGAGCUGAAGUAGUUCCUCAACUUAGGUCUGCAUGGGAUGAUUUUUUUGAAACUUUUAGAGGAGAUUCAAGAUUUUCUUCUUUUGGUUACGUUGGUUCUUCUUGUGGAUCAUUAUUAAAUAAACGAUAUAGAGGUACUUACCGUCAUUAUUUCUUUAUUUCAUCUGCCUCUUUAAAAUCGCAAUUAGAACCAUUGAGUAUAAAACAAUUUAUGAAUUCACCUUUUCCUAUUCUUCGUGUUACAGAAGUUAAUGCAGUUAUCCCUUUUGUUUGUAAUCCUCGUACUCCAAUUGCUGUUGUAAUAUCUGUAGGAGAAACAGCAAAAGAAAAAUUACUUUCAGAAGGGAAACCUGAUGAAUCUUAUUGUUUUCCUUUUCAUUUAUUUGAUACAUUAAAAACAUUACAAAAUGUUAAAGAAUAUGAAAAUUUUUUCUUAGCAUUUUUAAAAGAAGAAAAAUAUUUAUGGAAUAAGACAUAUAUUCUUCAUAUUGAUAUUAAAAUAGAAGAAAAUUCUUUAACAAAAAAACUACCUAUUCCUGUUUGGGAUGUAGUACAAUUUAUUUGCGAUUUAUGCGAUGAUACAGCAACCAACGUUUUAGGUAUUUGUUUCAGUGAUGAAACUCUUCCUAAAAAUACAAAAUUGGGUAGUGAAAAAAAAGAAGAAGAAGAAGGUAAUGCAUGCUAUUUAAAUACUACUCUUCAAUCUAUAUUGGAAAAAAAUUAUUUUUUGGAUACUUCUAAUAUUUGUAUAGGUGGAAUUCCAAAUCAUAUAAAACGACCAAUAAAAAUUCAUCAAUAUGAAUAUGUUCGAAAUAAAAUGGAAAAAAUUUUAUUGGAAUAUUCUGAACCAACAAUUCUAACACGAAUGGUAUUUGCAGAAGUAGCAAAUAAUUUUGCUAAAGAAAAAUAUUUUGUUAGAAAUCGUGCUGUAGGUGAAAGUAUUUUAUUAUUAACAGAUGAUGAAGGAGAUAUAUUUGGUGUAGAUAUACGUAGUAGAAGUAUAUUUGCACUACCUAAAUGUUUCGGUGGAGUUGUAUGUCCUGUAAGAAAUAGUAUAUUUAAAGCUACAAUAUCUUCUUCUUUUAGAGGAUACUUAGAAUAUAUUAUUUUAUUAGAGGAUGUAUUAUUUUUUGAAGGAACAGAUAUGAGUGAAAAAAGUUUUACUGAACGAUGGCAAAAUGUAGAAAAAACAAUAAUGGAUGAUCAAAAUAAUAGACCUCAUGCAAAUAUGGAUCAUAUUAUUAUUGUUCGAAGUUUAUAUCUAUCUUUUGAUCAAGCAGAUCAAGUAUUAAAAAAUCCUCCUUUAGAAUAUCCAACUUUGGGUUUAGUAUUUAUUCCUCAAGUUUCUAAAGGAGAAAAUGGAAUUCUUUCUUCUUAUAGUUGGAUUCCUCCAGAAUCUAUAACUGCUAAAUUUUUAGCUGGAAAAGUUGAUAAUAUUGAAGAAUCAAAUGGAGAAGUUAAACGUGCAUGGCUUUAUGUAAAAGAUAAUAAUGAUAAAACAAUUUCAUAUAAUGAAGAAUAUGUGGAUUAUUUAGUUGAUUCUUAUUAUCUUUUACAAACUGAAUCUAUUAUUGAGUGUAUCUUACAAAGAAGUAGUGAUGGUGCACAUUGGUGGGAAUUACUUAAAGAUUAUGGUAAAAAUAAUGGAAAAAGUUGUGAAACUUAUGAAAAUAUUGAUAAAUUGGUUCAUACUCCAGGAUUAACUCAUGAAGAAAUGUUAUGGUUACUUAAAGCUUCUACUUAUAAAUGUGGACGUUGUCAGAAUGUUAGUGAUAUUGGUAAAAUUAAUCCUAGAUAUCAAGUUUAUUGGUGUCAAAAUUGUUGGGAAGAAACAGGUCAUGGAGAAUGUGUUUACUGUGGACGUUCUUGUACUAUUGGAAGAAUAGAUCGUGAAAGUAAACGUUUUUAUUGUGAUAUUUGUUGGGAUAUUUUUUCUACAACUAAUACAAAUGCUGAAAUUGGAUAUUUAGUACCUCCUCCACCGAAUGCUUCUUUUGCUACACAAGUUUUAACUCGUUGUGUAGCAUUGCUUAUUGAUUCAAUAAAUUCUAAAGCACCUACCAAUGAUGUUCUUGAUAUUUGUUGUGGAGGAUCUGUUACAAGAAAAUGGAUUAAAAAUAAAACUACCCGUUAUGUUGGUUUUGAUUUAAAAACUAGUGUUGUAGAAUCUACUACAAGAUUAAUAACUUCUUUACGUGAUGAAUUACCAGAAAAUUCAUCAUAUGAUGUUAUUUGUGCUGAUGCAUUUUCUACAGAUUUAUGGACUCAACAUAUUACAAAAAUUCAUCCUAGUCAAUUUCAUUCAAUUACCGCAUUUGCUGGUCUUCAUCACGCUUUUGAUUCAGAAAGUAAAGCACGACAUGUAAUAGGAAGUAUAGCUAAUGCUUUAGUUCCUCGUGGAGUUUUUUUUGGUUGCUUUCUUGAUGCCAGUAUAUUAUAUGGAAGGAAUGAAAAUUCCAAUGACUUAUUUACAGCUGAAUGGGAAGAAGAAUUUUUACCUCGAGUUGGUCAUCAUUUCUUAUUUUCAAUGCAAGGUGGACCUAAGAAAAAAAUAAAUGUUAUUACAAUUGAUUAUUUUGUAGCAGUUGCGAGAGAAUAUGGAUUUGAUGUUAUUCCUGAAGUUUGUUUAACUUUUAGGGAACUUUUAGAAAAUGAUCCUAACUUUACGAAAGUUUUUUCAAAGAGUGAAAAAGAUUAUCUCUCUGCUAUGAGAACUUUUGCCUUUCGAAAAGAAGGUGAACCCUUGCCACGGGCACCAUGUAAGACCAAUGGUAAAAAUGAGGAAUGA